UGUGUGCCCGCCAAAUUUCAUGUUUUUAUGUCUUUCUUAUUCUUCUAUUAAUCCCUUCUGCAAUUACACUAGUUUUUUCAUAUCUUUGAUCUCUGAUUUUUGUUUAAUUAAUGGCUCAUUGUAUUUGUUUUUCAACUCUGCAGGUGUUUUUUGAGGUGUUUGUGAGGUGGGUUCAUAAAAUUGGAAUCUUUCAGCAGUUUCAGUUAAAGUCCAGAUCAGGAAUUGGGUGAUUUUUCUAUUUAUGCUUCUGUAAUUGACAAUUUUAGCUGCAUUUGCUGGAAUCUAGUCUUGCAGUUGAAUUUUAGGAAUUGGCUGGCUGUUGCUCCACGAUUUUGAUUGAACAAGAUUUGAGGAGCUGAAUUUCUAGGUCUAAUUGGGCUGUUCUUAUUGAGAGUGAUGUGAAGGAGUGAUUCUCAUAAUUAGUGUGAGUGAGUUUGAUUGCCUACACCAUUUUAAUGGAAAAUCGUGAUCUUAUCGAGUCAAAUCAUAGUAUCCCAAUUGUGAAGCAAGAAUUUGGAUUUUAUCAUAGUCAUGAUUUUAUUCUAAGUCAGAAUCAUGAUUUGGAGCAUGAGAAUUCAUUACCUAUAGGAGAGAAUCACGGCCUUGGUCUAGGUUUGGAUAAUGACGAUGCACAUGAUUUGAGCAUAGAACAUGAUCGUAGCCACAAUUUGACUAUAAGCCAGAUUGAUGAGCAUAACAUGAGUCCGUUGCAACUAGUCAAUGGUGAAUAUGAUGACGGAGAUGCAUAUGUCCAUGAAGAUGAGGUUGGAUCGAAUAUGGGCUCUAAUGAACAACAAGUAGUUGAUGAAGAUAAUGUUGAUGCAGAGGAUCAUGAUCAUCAGUUGGCUGUUACCGAUGAGGAUCGUAAGUUAGAUGCAUUAGAUACUCGUGAUUUAGAUGUUAGCCUAGAGCUGCAAGUCGAUGGUACUCAAGAGAUGACUACUAUUCCUGCUUCGGAGUAUGAAGUUCAAGAGCCUGAAUUCAUUUACUCCUCUCCUAUAGUGCUGUCACAAUCCCUUGUUCCAGCGCCUAACCAUGACUUGUAUGUGGGACAAGAAUUUUCCGAUGUGCAAAGUUGUCGAAGGGCACUUAGAGACGCAGCCAUUGCGCUUCACUUUGAGAUACAAACGGUCAAAUCUGAUAAAACCCGUUUCACAGCCAAAUGUGUCAAUGAGGGAUGCCCUUGGAGGAUACAUGCUGCUAAGCUUCCUGGUGUUCCGACAUUCUCGAUCCGAACUCUGAAUAAUAAUCACACAUGUGAGGGUUUGACUCAUCUUGGCCAUCAACAAGCGACUGUAGAAUGGGUUGCUAAUUCUGUCGAGCAGCAACUUCGGGAAAAUCCAAAUUGCAAGCCGAAGGAGAUACUGGAAGAGAUUCAUCGAGUACAUGGAAUCGCUUUAUCGUACAAACAAGCUUGGAGAGGGAAAGAACGUAUCAUGGCUGCUGUCCGUGGAUCAUUUGAGGAAGGCUACCGCCUCCUUCCUCAGUAUGCAGAGCAGAUUCAGCGAACAAAUCCAGGGAGUAUUGCAAAAGUUUAUGGAAAUCCCGAGGAUGGUUGUUUCCAACGAUUGUUUGUGUCAUUUCAAGCAUCGAUUUUCGGUUUUCUUAAUGGGUGUCGUCCCCUUCUUGGACUUGAUAAGAUCUCCUUGAAGAGCAAAUACCUAGGUACCUUGCUUCUUGCCGCCGGUUAUGAUGGUGACGGAGCUUUAUUCCCUCUCGCAUUUGGCGUGAUUGAUGAGGAAACCGAUGAAAAUUGGAUGUGGUUCCUCUCCGAGUUGCAUAAUCUGCUUGAGUUAAACACGGAAAAUAUGCCGAGGCUCACUAUAUUGUCGAAUAGGAAAAGGGGUAUAAUCGAUGGGGUGGACGCAAAUUUCCCCACUGCAUUCCACGGGUUCUGUAUGCAACAUCUUAGUGAAAAUUUCCGCAAAGAGUUCAACAAUACCAUGCUGGUUAAUCUUUUCAUGGAAGCUGCUUGUGCCCUUACUGUCAUCGAGUACGAGACCAAAAUUCUCGAGAUUGAGGAGAUUUCAGCCGAUGCAGCCUUUUGGAUCAGACAGAUCCCACCUCACUUAUGGGCAACUGCAUGUUUCGAAGGGACACGAUUAGGCCAUAUGACAGCAAGUAUGGUGGAAUUAGUCACCCCUUGGAUUCUCGAAGCUUCUACUCUUCCAAUCGUUCAGAUGAUGGAGAAUAUAAGAAGGCAGCUAAUGACUUGGUUCAAUGAACGGCGUGAAGCGAGUAUGCAAUGGACAAGCACACUAGUACCAAACGCGGAAAAACAGGUGGCGGAUGCCCUAGAACAAGCUCGGAGUUACCAAGUUCUCCGAGCUAACGAAGCUGAAUUCGAAGUUAUAUCCCAUGACGGGACUAACAUUGUCGACAUCAGAAAUCGCUGUUGCCUUUGUCAUGGAUGGCAGGCAUACGGGUUGCCUUGUGCUCAUGCAGUAGCCGCUCUACUUUCAUGUAGACAAAAUGUUCACCGGUUUGCUGAAAGCUGUUUCACGGUUGCUACUUACAGAAAGGCGUACUCUCAGACCAUUCACCCUAUACCCGAUAAGACAUUAUGGAAUGAGAGCAAUACUGGUGGUGUUCCCGAUAUCAUCAUACAUCCGCCAAAAUCACUUCGGCCACCGCCUCGGCCCAGGAAAAAGCGAGCUCGACCAGAAGACCGAGGAGGACCUGUGAAACGGGUUGUGCAUUGUAGUCGCUGCAACCAAACGGGACAUUUUAGGACUACUUGUGCUGCUCCUAUCUAGAUGUUUUCAUUUGUAUCAUCUAAUGCUUCUAUGUAAGUUACGAUUUGAUAUACUUCACGCAGUUCUAAUACAAUGAGUUCAGAGGAAUUUCGAUUA